AUGGACUGCUGCACCGAGAGCGCCUGCUCCAAGCCGGACGAGGACAUCCUAGACAUCCCCCUGGACGAUCCCGGCGCCAACGCCGCCGCUGCCAAAAUCCAGGCGAGUUUCCGGGGCCACAUGGCACGAAAGAAGAUCAAGAGCCGGGAGAGCGGCCGGAAGGGCCCGGGCCCCGGAGGGCCUGGCGGAGCUGGGGGCGCGCGGGGAGGCUCGGGCAGCGGCCCCAGCGGAGACUAG